ACCCAGGUUAAUUGCAUUAACGUCAGUCACUGAGUUGCAUUUAAACCGAAUGUCUGCAACAAACGUUUCAUAAAUAUACACUGUUCACCUGGUGUGUACCGAAAUGUACAGCUCCUGUACUUCAAAUUUUACCUUACCUUGUAUUUUCUAGAAAAUCUCUAGAAGGUAUGGGCAUUUCCUUAUGUUUAGCGAUAUGGAUUGUAUUGAUUGACGUAUCACCUAUACAAUCCACUACAUCAUUCGAUGAACGAGUUCGCGCCAACUUGGCACUGUGUAUUACACAAGACGCUGGAAAAACUGCAAACGCGAUAAUGGAUUAUUAUUGUAAAAACAAUGUAUUGUUGCCCACUAUAAACUGCCGUCACUUUACUAAAUCGAUGUCCAAUAAAUGGAACGCAAUAUUUCCGAAAUUGUACUUUUACAUAGAUAUGACGGUUAAAACUUUCACAUUCCAGUCUGUUGUGUCAUCAAUGUAUAAAGCACUCAGUAUAUAUUCUGUACUGCUCAAGAAUUAUAAGCAAAGAGAAUAUGAAGUUCUGUGUGCUCGUGCUAUGUGUUUUGAAAAACCCUGUCCUUAUCCAGAGGCGUGUUCUAAAGAAACUCCACCAUCAGAUGGUAUACAUUAUUGCUACUUAAGAAAGGCCAGUGAUUGCAUGACUGAGCUGGUUAAUCAACUGUCGGAAGAGAUGACCUCCAAAGAUGAUCCAAUGGAGACACUAAUUGUAGAUGAGACACUCUUGAUCCCGAGAUUUACUUCAGAAAUUCAUCGCCAGUUGUAUAUCAUGGCCACAGUGCAAAGACUUGUAGAGGAUUUAAACACUGCUGAAUACGCACUGGAGUAUUUACUUUCAUAACCUGAAAGUAAUUUAACACACACACAACACAAGACACGCGCGCGCGCACAUCAUUUAAUAUACACAGUAUUUAAAAGACCUACUGAUAGUUUCGUGCUUUAGAGUUACAAUAAAUUGGCGGAUUUAUAUAACAUGGCACGUAUCUCCAAGCAAUCUUUCAGGUCAAGUGCAUAUCGUUAGAUGCUUUUAAAAAUCAGGACGCUGGUCUAUGAGAAAACAUGAAAAAUGGAGGGCACCAAACGCUCCGCAUUGUAGCUAUCACAUAAACUUUGGCUUCUUUUCUGAUAUAUUCUACACUAGCUAGAUUAAUUAUGGUUUCUAGAGACAAAGAAAACGAAGUGCUUGGUGUUCCUACUUUUCUUUCUUCUUGUUCCACUUUUUCAUCAACCUUUUUCGCGUGAUUUUUAUUCCUCGCUUUUUUCCCCUCUUAUCUCAUAGACCAACUUCCUGGUUUUUAGAUACAUCAGAUAUGCACUGAGUAUGAAAGAUUGCUUGGAGAUUCGUGGUAUGUUAUAUAAAUCUGCCAAAUUAUUGUAUCUCUAAACCAUGAAACUAUUAGUAACUCUUUUCUAAAUACUGCGUUUAUUAAAUUAUACUUAUCUCUU